AUGCUAAAAGUUGCUGAGCCUUCUCGUAUAGCAGCUGCUUCAGGCAAAUCAUGUAGAGAGGUUUCAUGUCAAACCUAUCUGCCAUUAAAGUUUAUGGGGGAUCUUGUACUUCAGCGGGAGCAGGUGCCGACUGUUUGUGUAACAAAACAGAGGUCAUGUUCUCUACUGUGGAGGGGGCUCAGCUCAGGCGCCGCCAUGUUGCGAGCCCUGCAGCGGCGGUGGGACGCCUACAAGUACCGCUUCGUGCCCUGGGUAGCCCUCAACCUUCGCCGCAAGCGCAGGACCCUCCGAUAUGUUCCUGACAGCUCCCAAGACAAAAUUAUCUCUGAUGAUGAUGUCUUUAAAACACUACUGAAAAUAUUUAAAGCUCUGUUCAUAAAUGAUCUUAGUAGACAAGGACAUAUUUUAGCCUUACUUCCAGAAAUGAAAUGUAAAUAUCUGGAGUUACUGACUAUUGAGCAGAAGCGAUUAAGAGGAAAUUCCUGUAACUGUCAGAGCCAACACGUGUUUAGUCCAGAAGAAGUUCUCUUCAAUACACUAGGGUUCACCAUCAGUCGACAACGAAGUUCCCUGCUAUCUGCUGGAACUGGAGUUUUUGUCACCAAAGGUUUUGUACCAAAAGGGACAGUUGUAUCUAUGUAUCCUGGUACAGUAUACCGAAAGCACGAGCCCAUCUUUUUCCAGUCUCUUGGCAAUCCCUUUAUUUUUAGGUGUAUAGAUGGUGUCCUUAUUGAUGGGAAUGAUAAAGGACUAUCAAGAUCAGUAUACAGGUCUUGCAGCAGGAGAGAUCAAUUUGGCCCAUUUCAAAUGAGCGAUGAGAGCUGGCUCACAGCUGCCCUGCAAAACCCACUGGCAGUGGGACAGUAUGUCAACAACUGCUCACACGAAAAAGCAGCCAAUGUGUAUUAUCAGGAGUUUGAUGUGCCGGGAUGUUUUCCAAUCGAACUGAAACAGUAUCUUCCAAACAUCGUCUACAGCCAUGAUAUAGAGAGUCACCCAAGGUGUGUCGUGCUUGUCACACUCAGAGACAUCAAGCAAGGAGAAGAACUUUUUUCUAAUUACUACACUGUUGUCAGCUGAA